GGGGGUGGGGGUGGGGGUGGUCUUGCUCCGGAGGGGGCGGAGUAGCCUGACUGCUGUGGGGCAAAGGCCAGGAAUGAAUGGCAACCAUUGAUUUACAACGGGAGGAAGUCGCAGUGUGACCUGCAGAAACACUGAUCCUGGCCCACUUUGACCCCAGUUAUCAAGAAUCAGCUCUGCUCCUGUCUGUACAGCCUCUAGCUCCUGAGCUCUGUUUCCAACACUUAAGCUGUGGUGAAGUUUAAGGAACGGGAUUUUAUGUGAAGAUUCCUACAGCAUUUCUUAAGGUGCUAGAAUGACAACAUGGCUACCAAAGGAAUGUAUAAACUGGACGAUGGAAACUGCUGCCCCACCAACUGCUUUCCGGCCCGGAGCCUUUUGCGGCCCAGAUACGAGGAAGGGGCUGGCCACUGGCAAGUGGCCCGCCGGACAGCGGAGAAGACCAAGAUCGAGUUGCUGUUUGGGACAAAAGCCCCCCAGGUUAGGCUGAGAAGACCAGGAACGGCGAGUGGGGCUUACAGGCUUCUGGACAACAAAACUCUCGACGGCGCACAGCUGAUUAAGCUCCACCACGUGAAAAGCCCAUCACAUUUGUGCUCCGUGGACAUCAGCAACCAAAAUUUUGUCUUGGCAAAAGAAGAAGAUUUUGAGCAGUUUGACUGCGUUGCCUAUAUCAACGCCACAGAAAAUCUGUUGACCUUGGACGCUUUCCGUACAUUUCCCGGGCUCCGGGAACUGGAACUCUCCUUGAACGGCCUAAGGAAUCUAAAAGUCAACGCUGGCGACUUUCCACACUUGGAAGUCUUGGAUCUCUCAUACAACAACCUUUCUCCAGAGGACGUCCAAGCCCUGGGAGUUUUGUCCCACUUAAAAGCCCUCCAUCUCACCGCCAAUGGGCUCACUUCGCUUCCCCUCGACCUGGCUGCACCCGAGAGUGAGAGCUCCCCGAGGUUCCCGGCUCUGGAAGUCUUGCUCUUGGAUGACAACCGCCUCUCCCACUCCAACGUCUUCGUCAGCCUCGCCAAUCUCCGCAGCCUGAAGCAGUUAAACUUGGACAGAAAUGGAAUCAGAGAGGUGCCAUAUCUCCACCACUUGGACAGCGGCCGAUUCUCCAUCCAUCCUUUAUCUGCCAAGUCGGGCAUCAGGGAAGGAUUGCGCAGCCGCAAGAGUGCUGGGAAACAGAUCCGCCAGGAUAAUUCCUCGGCUGGUGGUGGGCAGCCAGAGUACAUUGUCGUCCAAAACAGCAAGGACCCAGACAGGACUGAAGUUAUCUUUCCAUCCUGGUCCCCAGACCUACCAACACAGGACAGUUCUCCUUCACCGCAGAUCGCUUCUAAGGCCUCCUGUGCCAGUUUCAACCCCGAGUUCACUCUUCCCCUACCAGAGCUGAGGUUUCUCAGUCUGGCCAACAACCAGAUCGAACACGAGGAAGAUUUGUUAGCCGUGGCUCUAUUCCCAUCGCUGACCGAGCUGACGUUCCACGGCAACCCUUUCACCACAUCGCGCAGCGGUGACCCACCUUUACUCACCAGUUUCCUUCAGAACAAGCUGGGGAUUAAAAUGGUUCGGAAGAAAAUUUCAAAACUGGAAAAGCCACGUAUCUUUAUACCCAACAAGCCUAGCCGGAAGGUGAAAGCACAGCUGCCCAAGGUCCAAAAGCGGCCUCAGAUGCUAGAAGACCACCUGGAGACCACCUUCUGGCAGCUGUGGACAGGUUCGGACCUGGAUCCCAAUAAAAGAGCGAGUCUGGAAGAGCCUCUUCCACCCAUCAAGAGAUUUUCAAUACCUUAUGAACCCAAAAAGCCCGUCUUGCCUCUUAAGGAGGAAGAAAUAUCUGCACCCUCUUCUUUGGAGUGUUGUGAUUGUGAUGCUUCAGUAGACCAGCUGGAAGACGUUCCUGAAGGUCAGUCUUCGCUCGCUGACUUAGUGUUUGGAAAUGUUGCUUCCACCCAGCCUGCUGUGGAGCAGCUCCCACAUGAACCUCUCCCACCAGAAGAGAAUCUGCCUGAACCCAGCCCUCUGAUCACGGCACCUUCAAAAGGACAAGACCUGCCCAAGAGGCCUCCGUUCAUCUCAUUGUCUUUGCCGGGGCAGGACCACGGGGCUCCUGUCCCUCCUCCCAACUCACCUUUGCCUUUGCAAGAGCAGGAUCUCUCCGAAGUUCCUCCAGCAGAACCAGAUCAGCUGAGGCCGUUUCCACCCCGCAGCUCGCUUUUGCCAGGACAAAGUAGAUCAGAACCUCUUCCAUCAGCUCAUUCUCCUGCAGGUGAACAGGACAUGUCCGGGUCUCCAGCCAGAUCUCUGUCGGUGGGACAGGGCUUUCCUGAUGCCUCCCCACCAGCUGGACCACCGGCAGUGGAGGGUGAACCCAUCCCACCACCCACCCCCACCACACAUCCCCACCACCCAGAACCCAUCCCACCAGCCAUCUCAGCUCCCCAAGGACCGGAUUUGCCAGAACUUGUCUCAGUUACUAGAUCAACCUCAGCAGGUCCACCGGGGACUCUCCUGCAAACCAAUUCUCCUGCAGAAGGGCAAGAUCAGGUGGAGCCAGCUCUGCCACACAGCUCAGCUUCCGAAAGUUUGCCUGAACCUGUCCCACCACACUUGUCUGGGACUCUCCUGCCGACCACUUCUCCUCCAGAAGGGCAAGAUCAGGUGGAGCCAGCUCAGGAUCUGGCAGAACCCGUCUCUCCAUUAAUGGCCCGCUUGGAGGAACCAGCUCCCUCUGAGCCCGUUCCACCACCUGGAUCCCCUCCAGCAGAACAAGAUCACCUGGAACCUGCCCCAUUGCUCACCUCACCUGCACAAGAGCAGAUUCUGCCAGAGCCCGUUACACCACCUGGAUCCCCUCCGGGGGAGCAGGACUUGGCCCAGUCAAGCCCACCUCCAGCUGAACGGAAUCUUUCUUGGACUUCGCAACCAACCGGAUCUCCUCCAGGAGGGCAGGAUCAGCUGGAACCCGUUCCACCUGCUGCCACAGCAGUCCAAGAACUCAACCAGUCGGGUUCUGAGCCCCAAGAUGGAUCAGAGGAAGAGGAGCUUUCAGGAUCUCGAGCAGCCAGCUUAACUUCUGUGGAAUGUGACCUGUCUCGGUCGUCUUCCAGGGAGCUUUAUAUGCUCUUUGCCCGAGUCCACUCAAGCACCAAGCCUAUUGGAACAUAUGAUAGCCUUUCUAGUGAGGGCGAGAUGUUUAGCAGCAGCGGGGAGUUCGUGGAGGCAAAGGAAACAGAAUCCAUUUUCAUGACGCAGGUGGACGAGGAGUCUGGUUCCUUGCAGAAGCCUGAAAGGGCGGCAUCCCCACCUAAGGGGGCAGGCAAAGGAAAGAGGCAAGCCCAGCCAGUCCCCGAAAAAUACAAGGGUUACGAAGAGCUGCUCGGCGGAGACCCUGGUGCUGAUUUCAUUGACCCAGUGGGAAUACAGCACAAUGUCCAAGCUCUGGAGAAGGCGCUCCGAUAUCCCCGUGUGUACCGUGAAUCAAAGGCCAGGCUGGAGAGCUACCAGAAGCCUUAUGUGCCUGCAGAGAAGAAGGCCUUGAGUGUCCGUCCGCCACCACCUGAAAAGACCAGGCUGCAGAAGCUGGAAGAAAUCCUUCUGAAGAUGCGGAACCCCACGAAUAUCAUACAGAUGCCGCUAGUGUGCAUCCUGCGGAGGAAGAAAGACAACUGGCGCGAGUACCGGCAGGCCCUGUCGAUGCUGAAGGAGUUCCGGAAGGAGUAUAAAGCCGCAGUGGCCAGCUGCAACAACCAGGUCGAGUCCAAAGCCAUUAGUAAGAAGGGUACCAGUGCAGAGGAGCAGAGCCAAAACUUGAUGCUCGAGGCUCUCUCUGAGGCCGAGGUGGGUGGGCAGCCGCUCGAAGAAUCCGCGGUCCCUACAGAGGAGAAAGGACUUUCUCCGUCCAAUCCGAAGAAAGCUCAUUUUAAACUGGACUGCUGAAGAACCUCUUUCACAAGACAUGCAGCUAUUUUCUGUAGUCUCUGAAGAGCCCCUUGUCCUAGGAGACCAUAAUGGUGUAACUGGCAACCACGGGAACAGAGGUUACCUACUUCCCAAACCCUCUGCGAAGGUUUGACCCCGCUCAGGGUUACAGGCUAAGAGUAGUUUAGGCUCCACUUCAGUGCAGACGUUCAGAAGCGCAACAGAAAACUGACGGAAACCACUAGGCGCACUCUGAAAGGCUGUUUGAGGAUGCAGUUCCCAUCUAAAUCGUGUGCCUUGAACUCGGGC